UAAAGCGGGUAAGCAGCAGACCUGGCAACCCUGCUGCAGUUUACCUCGGCUCGUUAGCGCUUCGUCUCAAAGGUAAUUGGGAAGUUCGUGGAGAAAAUCACGCUUCGGCAACAACAGAUUUUUAACCGAGAAGCACAAGUUGCUUGAAAAUGAUCCUGCAGACUCAUGAUUAGUUGAUGAGAUUUCCAUAAAUAUGGACCACUGGGAUGAAGAGGAAACUACUGUCACAGCAACCAACUCCACCUCCAGUGAUGGUACAGAAAGAGACUCGUGGAAAGGUGAUCGCAGUGAAUUUGGAAGAAGCCUUAGCAGAGGCCGAGGAUUUAGGGACUCGUCCAUCUCAGAUGGAGACAGCUGGAGUUACAACGCAGAUGGCGGGAGAGAUGGUUUCAGUGGCAGAGGAGGUAAGACAUUAAGAGAGGCUGAUGGAGCUCAUGAAAAUGGAUUUAGAGGGCGAGGCAGAGGAGGUCGGGGUAGGAGAGGAGGUUUCAGACGAGAUGGUGACCAGGUUGGAAGAGGAGGCCUUGGUGGAGGCUACCGUGGGAAAGAUGAGGAGAUCUUCAGUCCAGGACAAGAUAAAGGUCCAAAGAAGGGGGAGGCUGAUGGUGACAAACCCAGGGUCACGUAUGUUCCCCCAACAGUCCCUGAUGAUGAAGCCACCAUUUUCUCCCACUAUGAGAGUGGAAUCAACUUUGACAAGUAUGAUGACAUCUUGGUAGAUGUCAGUGGCACCAACCCGCCCAUGGCUAUUAUGACCUUUGAUGAGGCAGCUUUGUGUGAGUCUCUAAGGAACAACAUCAGCAAGUCUGGGUAUGUGAAGCCGACCCCUGUGCAGAAACACGGCAUCCCCAUCAUCUCUGCAGGCAGAGACCUGAUGGCCUGCGCCCAGACUGGCUCUGGUAAAACGGCUGCUUUUCUGCUGCCAAUUCUGCAGCAGCUGAUGGUGGGGGGAGUGGCAGCCAGUUGCUUCAGUGAGACGCAGGAACCUGAAGCCAUCAUUGUAGCUCCAACCAGGGAACUCAUCAACCAGAUCUACCUGGAAGCCAGGAAGUUUGCUCAUGGGACAUGUGUGCGCCCUGUAGUGGUUUAUGGUGGUGUAAGCACUGCAUACCAAAUUAGGGAAAUAUUAAGAGGAUGUAACGUACUGUGUGGGACUCCUGGGCGUCUGCUGGACAUGAUCGGAAGAGGAAAGGUGGGACUGAGUAAAGUGCGCUACUUGGUGCUGGAUGAGGCCGACCGAAUGUUGGAUAUGGGCUUUGAGCCAGACAUGCGUCGUCUGGUUGGCUCCCCUGGAAUGCCAUCCAAGGAGAACCGACAGACUCUGAUGUUUAGCGCCACCUACCCUGAAGACAUCCAGAGGAUGGCGGCUGACUUUCUCAAGGCGGAUUAUCUGUUCCUGGCGGUGGGGAUUGUGGGCGGAGCAUGCAGUGAUGUGGAACAGACGUUUGUACAAGUCAGCAGGUUCUCAAAGAGGGAGCAGCUUCUUGAUAUCCUCAAAACCACAGGAACGGAGCGCACCAUGGUGUUUGUGGAGACCAAGAGACAAGCAGACUUUAUUGCUACUUUCUUGUGCCAGGAAGAUGUUCCAACCACCAGCAUCCAUGGUGACCGGGAGCAGCGGGAACGCGAGCUGGCUCUAACACAGUUCCGCUCUGGCAAAUGUCCUGUUCUGGUGGCUACCUCUGUAGCUGCUCGUGGUCUGGAUAUUCCAGACGUGCAGCAUGUGGUGAACUUCGACCUCCCAAAAGAAAUUGAUGAAUAUGUCCAUCGCAUUGGGAGAACUGGCCGCUGUGGGAACGUUGGGAGGGCGGUGUCUUUCUUUGACCCGGAUAUCGAUGGGCAGAUGGCCCGCUCACUGGUCACAGUUCUGUCCAAGGCCCAGCAGGAGGUGCCGGCCUGGUUAGAGGAGUCUGCAUUCAGCGGCCAUGGGAAGUCUGACUUCAAUCCCUCCAGGAAGCCGUUUGGCUCCACAGACUCCAGAAAGACGAGCUCCUUCCGAGAUAACGGUGGUCCGAGCCAGGCAGCGGCCCAGCCUGCAGCUGAUGAUGAGGAAUGGGAGUAACUCUGCUACUUAUCCCUUACAAGAGUCAAUAUGUGUUUAAAUUGUUCCACUUGUUGUUUGAGAGUUUCUGUUUCACUGGAAAGAUUUAGUCUGAUCCUGGGUGUUGAAUGUAUAACCCAGGGCUUGCAUGCAUCUUUUUGUUUUAUUCUUUACGAGUAUUAUUUGUCAUUUCACUCUAUUUUUAAGUAAAGAUGUUACUGCUGAUCAA